CAACGACCACCUCGCACGCAUCGUCGAGAUGGCAGAACCAGCACCAAAAAAGGGUCGUCUGACCUUGUAUGAGGACCUCCUUAGUGAGGAGUCCCUCGCCCAGAUGCGCGCCAAAGACGCCGAGAAGCAGGCGGCGCAGCAGGCCAAAAAGGCCAAAGACGCAUCACUCAUGUUCAAGCCGACAAACAUUGGCGGCAACAAGAAGGCCCAACAGAAGCCGGCCAAGAAACCCAACUUUUCGGCCAUGCACAAACUCUCCUCCAGCACAUCGACCCAGUCGGCAGCCCAACCAACAGAGCCAUCCUCAGACGCGCCAGGAGCACCGCCGCAAUCCGGUCCAAAACUUACACAGACGCGCGGUUACGAGGACUGGUUGGCCAACGACGAGGAGAUGGACUGGGUGUACGACCGUCAGCAGCAGGAACGAGAACAGCGCAAGGCGAAGAAGAAGAACAAGAAGAAGAACAAGUACGAAGAGAAAGUGCGCUCGUGGGAUGACAUAUAUGACCCGACUGUACCUGUGCCAAUUGCCGAAUUCGCCCGGUCCGACUUCCACUACGAUCUCGAAGAGGAGUGGAAACAGAGAUUAUAUGAGGCCAACAAGCGCGAGAAGAUUCGCCAGGGCAAGUACGAGAGGUCUGGUGAUGUUGACAUGGAUGGAGGCCCACGUUCGCGCAAGGGCAUGCAGUUCGCCCCACCAGGUCAGAUGUCCUUCGCACCGCCUCCUUCUUUCGACUCGCGCUCGCGCUCACAGCAGCGGUCGAACGAUCCGUACUCUGGCGCAUCCUCUCCUCUUCGCGAUGCGAGCAGUGGGCGUGAGUCCGGUGAACCAACAGCAGCCUAUGCGCCACCCCCACCGGCUGCAGACGUCAACAUGGAAGAGACAGCCGACGAAGCUUACGCUCGACGCAUGGCCAUGAGCAGCUUGGCUGCUCCACCAGCCCCAUCCUUCGCUCCACCUCCGCCGCCGCCAGCGCGUCCAGCAGCACCUGGCAUCACUCCGGCGUCUGCUUCACCUCCUGCUGCAUUAGGCUCUACGUCAUCAGAUCCUGACGCGGACAAGAAGGCGAGAGUAGCAGCGCAGAUCGCAGCCAUGAAAGCAAAGUUCAGCAAACCUGCUCCUGCUGCAACACCAUCAACAGAAGGCCCCACGCCUACUCCGCCGUCUGCUCCCACCGUUGCGCCGCCGACUACUCAAUACAGCUCUACGGCUCUUCAACCACCGCCUCCGACCGCCAAUGGACAACCAGCAGUCUCUGCUCCGAGAUACGAUGCCGCUUGGCUGGAUGCCCCUACAGUCACUCCACAACCGGGCGUCGGUGGAACGAUCAGUGCUGCUCCGACCUUCAAUCCUGAGUAUCUCGCUCAACAACAUCAACAGACGAGUACCAUCUCAUCUGAUCAGAACGCUCAAUCGCGUGAAGAAGCCGAGGAACGUACGAACCGCCCUGGCCAAGAUGGUUUUGCUGAACGUCUGAUGAAGAAACUUGGUUGGGAGAAGGGUCAAGGUCUUGGUGCAUCUGGUGACGGCAUUACGACCGCUUUGCAGAUGCAAGCUCAGAAGCGCAAGAAGAAGUCGGAUGCUCAGGGCGGCGGGUUUGCUACUCCAGCUGCCAUGGGCAAGAUCGUCGGCGGCAAGAAAGCGAAGCCAAAACCUGGUGAAAGCUCCAAUCAAGGCCCUUCCAGCGAGCUCGAAGACAUGUCUCCGGUUGUGAAGCUGUCUGGAAUGCUCGAAAAUAUGGACGUUGACCACGAGAUUGCGGAGAACAAUUUGAUGCAAGAGAUUGGGGACGAGAUGGGAGAGCAGUAUGGGAAGGUGGAGCGGCUGUAUAUCUGGCGCAAGAAGGACGGAGGCAACGAUGAGGUGUUCGUGAAGUUCACCUCGCCGCUGAGUGCCGUGCGUUGCUUGAAGGGAAUGGACGGGACCGAAUUCGCAGACAACAAGGUGGAAGCUUGUUACUGGGAUGCGGAGAUGUUUGAGCGUGGCGAGUACGCCUUGCCGUAGGUGAGUACUGAUUUCUUUUUGUUUUUGCUUUGACUCUAGCGUUCGGCGUCAGGCGGCGGCAGCGGGAAAUGAUAUUCGGGCAUGUGGAUUGAUUUGGGCAAUUUGUUCUGGAACCGAGGGAGGACAUAUCAGUGGGUGAUGAAAUUUGACUGCAUAUACAGCGGGCUGCGAUGUGUAUGCUUCUAAUUUGCGAGCGGAUACAAGGGCAACUGGCCCCGCUACGGAGCGGUCCACCGAGAGGCUACGGACCCGGAAUCUGUAUUAUUAACCUUAUCUCAGAAUGGCGAGGUCGAAUUACCUCUUCUCAUCGAUAAAGCCAAGGAGCUCAGCAUGCAGUAAGGAA